CAUGGUGUAUUGACCCACUUGAGCUAGCUAGAGAGAGAAGAAAGAGAGAGAGAGACAGAGACAGAGAGAAGUAUGAAAAAUGAUGAUCAUGGCUAUAGGAGGGUCAUCAUCACCACUAUCUGAUCUAUUUCUGCAGAGAAGAUCAUAAUAUCUCAUCUUUCUCUUCCCUUCCCUUCCUAGUUUUUGUUGUUCAAUUGGUACACCAUGUUUGCUUAUUAAGAGAAGAGGCCUAAGAAAAGAAGCCCUCUCCAUUUCUUCUUCUUCAUCUCUCUCUCUCACACCAACCCCACAUAAUUUCCUCCACUCUCUUCUUCCAUAACUGGUAAGCCCUUUUUCUAGUCUCUCCUUUUACGUACGGUCUCCACAUAUAUUGAAGAUCGAUCAAAAGGGUCAUUCUUGAUUCUCAAAAAGUUUCAAUCUUGGUUACAAUUUUUGCAGUGACUACAGAAAUCAAGAAGAAUAUGGCUUCAUCUAGUGGGUUUUGUUAUUCGGAUGUUUCAUCAAGCAAUCCAGAAAUUCACAACCAUCUGGUGAAUCAGAUCCAAGGAUUUGAGUCAAAUCCAGACAUGUUUCAUCUGACAACAGAGAUGGAGAAUCUGCAACAAAGUGACAAUAACUCUGUUAUGUGGAAAGGCUUCUUUGGCAAAACUGGUAGCAACUCAUCACCACCACCAGAAACUGCACUUCCUUCAUCUUCAAAGACCAUCAAUGGUUCCACCACUGAUUUCUAUCACCAGCACCAUGAGUUCAAUAAAUCUGAUUUAUUCCAACCUGGGAUUUCAGAGACAAGUAGUCAUGAUCAUCAGAAUCUGUUAGUUGCUGCUGGGUCUCAUGAUCAUCAUCACUCAACUCAUCAUCCAUGGCAAGACAACAGGUUGAUUGUUGAUGAUUCUUCUUUGAGGUGUGUGUUUCCUUGUGAAGGGAAUGAAAGACCCAGUCAAGGUCUCUCACUCUCUCUAUCUUCAAACAAUCCUUCUAGUUUAGGCUUACAGUCUUUUGAACUCAGACAACAAAGCAGUAAUCAACAAGAGGAUGAUCAUCAUCAUUAUCAUAUGAGGUUUAUGGGUAAACCAGCUGGAACCACAAGUAUUCAACAACAACAACAGACGAUGCAGUUCCAUCUAAGGAACUCAAAGUAUUUGGGUCCUGCUCAGGAGCUUCUGAAUGAGUUUUGUAGUAUUGGAACAAAACAAACUGAUUUGUCCAAGCAAAAUCUUCACAAACCUAAACAGUUUGAAGAUGAGAAUGCAAGUAGUUCUUCCAGAAAACAAUCUCUUCAAUCCCUUGAAUUCAUGGAGUUGCAAAAGAGAAAGACAAAGCUGCUUUCAAUGCUUGAAGAGGUGGACCGAAAAUACAGGCACUACUGUGACCAAAUGAAGGCAGUGGUAUCAUCCUUUGAAGCUGUGGCAGGUCAUGGAGCAGCAAAUGUUUAUUCACGCCUAGCUUCAAAGGCAAUGUCAAGGCACUUUAGGUGCUUGAGAGAUGGAAUCACUAGUCAGAUUCAGGCCACAAAGAAGGCCAUGGGAGAGAAAGAUCCGGUCGCUCCAGGAACAGCUAGAGGCGAAACGCCCCGACUUAGAAUCCUUGAUCAAGCUUUGAGACAACAAAAGGCCUUUCAACAAAUGAAUAUGAUGGAGACUCAUCCAUGGAGACCACAAAGAGGUUUACCAGAGAGAUCUGUUUCGGUUCUUCGCGCUUGGUUGUUUGAGCAUUUCCUCCAUCCGUACCCAAGUGAUGUUGAUAAACACAUCUUAGCUCGCCAAACUGGUCUCUCAAGAAGCCAGGUAUCUAAUUGGUUUAUUAAUGCAAGGGUGAGGCUUUGGAAACCAAUGGUGGAAGAAAUAUAUAUGGAAGAAAGCAAGGAGGAAGAAAACAACAACAUGGACUCUCCAGAUGGGGUCAGUACUGAUGAUAUUCUUGAUGACAAUAUUGGCCGGCUUAAUCCAAAUCCAUCCAUGGAUCGAAAACCGACACCGGACCAGCUCCUCCGAAUAGAACCUGAUAGCCUCUCCUCCAUUAUCAAUCAGCAUGGCAAAAAUGAUCCAAGAGGAGUCCACUUUAAUAAUUUUGGGUCUUCUUUUGGUGGUGCUUCCAUGGAACUGGACUUCUCAUCAUACAACCACAACCAUCACAACCCUGAUCAGAAUUUCAACGGGGGCGGGGGCGGGGGUGGCGUGUCGCUGACGUUAGGGUUGCAACAGCAUGGUGGGAGUGGUGGUGGUGGUGGAGUGAGCUUAGCAUUCUCUCCAGCGUCUCAAAGUUCACUUUUUUACGCAAGAGAUCACAUUGAGGAUUGUCAACAGGUUCAAUACUCUCUUUUAGAUGGUGAAGGACAGAAUUUGCCUUAUAGAAACUUGAUGGAGGCACAGCUGCUACAUGAUUUAGCAGGUUAAUUAGGAGUGCAUGAAUUAUUACUGCUUAAGUUUAGGCACAUAGAGGGAUAGAGAGAGAGAGAGAGAGAGAGAGAGAGAGAGAGAGAGAGAGGGAGAGAGUUAUUGAUACUCUCCAUACAUAAAUGUAUGAAAGUUUUAUAAUGUUAGGUUAAUUCGGAUUAAUCCAUUAGUGAUAUAUAUUGCUAAGGUUUUUUUUGUGUAGGAUCUAUUUUUCAAGAGUAGUGAUAUUAUAUAUAUAUAUAUACACUAGUAAUAUACAUAUAUAUAGAU